UAUAAUUGUCGUAAAACAUACCACACGGACAACAUACAGGAGCGUCAAAGAAACGAAGUACCCACGAAGUUCUCUAUUUGAGAUGAAAACUCGUUUCAGCAAAAGAGCACAUGGUGGAGUGAUGGAGGCCAAGGAAGGUAAAGAAGAAGUACAAGUUGUGGAUGAUGCGAUUGCGAAUGAGGGCCUACAACAAGAUGUGGAUGAGGUCCCUGUUGGCCCAAAGAGAAAGAAGACAGUCAAACAUUCCCCGAGGAAAUUAUUGUCACCAACAGGAAUGUUGGAGUUGGCCAAACUAAAAGAACAGACCAAGAUGGAUCGACAGAAGAUUGAACACCUCGAGGACCGCAUUAAAUACCUGGAAGAGGCCAACAGUGAGCUAAAAAACGACAAGGAUUUCCUGCUUUCACAAAUUAAGGGAGCCCCCAGUGCACCUGCAUCUACUCGAAAGUCAGUGACCACAACGGAUGGAAUCAUCCGCCGCUACAAGAAUGCCCUUAAGAGAUUCACCAAGUUUGGAUCCAUGAAAAAGGCCUUUGCCAAAAUUAAUGUUGACCGCAACACAAUUGCAAGAACAGCUAUAAUUGCUGAGCUAGCAAUCACAUAUCCUGAUACAUUUCAGGAGCUGCUCCCUACAGAUGAAGUCAAUGAGAAGAUCUCAGAAUUUGCAGAGCACUGCAAGAGGGCUAUGACAAAAGAGAUGGCUGAAACGAUCACAGCAAAGAAAAAAAGUGGACAACUCCUCCCAAUAAUGUACAAGUACACCUAA